UAUCUACAUGCGACCAGAAAACACGCGAGCGUUGAGAAGCAACCAUCGGCACCACAUCGCCGGACUUGCACUGCAACCAACGCCACAUCGCUCAUGCAUAAUUCGGUGUAUAGAAGCCCGCGCCAUGCACAGCCACUCGCCGCGCUCCCGGAAAUCAGCCCCGCAGCUGCAGCCGCAGCUUUCGUGCUCGGUCUGCCAGCUUCAGUCCUCAUCGAUGAAGCUAUUGACAGCGCCUCACCGCGUGUAAAAUCCAUUGCGAACGAAACUAGCGCUAAUGGCGUCCGCAUGUUUGUGGCGCGCCCUCCGGUGCCAGCUGGUGGCGGCGGGCCCACGAAGCGCCCUGCGGUCAUCCUGAUCCACCAGAUCCUGGGACUGCAGCGGCGAGAGGCUGAUCUGGCCGCUGCGCUGGCAGCUCAGGAGGGAGUGGUGGCGGUGGCUCCGGACUGCUUCCAGGGCCAGUCCACGCUCUGGCCCUUCCGAGCCAUCACCCUGGGCUUCAAAUACGCACUGCGCGAUGGCGCCAGCUGGGGAGUGGAGUCGGUGCACGAGGCGGUGCGCUGGCUGCAGGCUCAGCCGGACGUGGACUCGGAUCGCAUCAUCGUGGCGGGCUUCUGCUAUGGUGGCGGCGCGGCGGUGCGCUACGCAGCAGCCUACCCAGGCGAGGCGGCAGGGGUGGCAAUCUUUUACGGACGCCCGCUUUUGGAGGCGAGUGAGGUGGCCAAGCUGGGCCGUACGCCAGUCCUGGGACUGUAUGGCACUCGGGACACGCAGUUCCCGGCCGCUAUGCUCGACAAAUUCCAGGCGGACCUCAACGCUGCGGGUGUGCCGAACAGGCUGGAGCGGUUCGAGGGCGAGGGGCACGCCUUCAUCAAGGAGGCGAAAUCGGUGGAGGUGGGCGGUGCCGCCGGCCGUGCCUGGAGCCUCUUCUGCGCUUUCGUCCAAGAUGUGGCCGCCGGUAGACCGGUGUCCGGACCCAAGUGACCGGCAAGGGUUUGGCUGAUGACCCGUGUGCAUACGGACAGCCGGACGAAGGCCGUGGACUGAAGAUGUUUGCGGGGGGCGGCAGCGAGAGGCAUUUGUAUGUGUGAUUUCCAGCACUGUGAUGCGAAGGGCUUGCCGUUUGGUGGUCGGGUCCUGCAUUACCGUACUUUGCAGAGCCGCAGCACGUGUUAGUCAGGAGGUCGAAUGUCCGGACAGCCGGACACGCUUCGGUUGGGUGGCAAACGUCUCACAGUAUGCUGACGGCUAUUGAAGUUACGGUACACGAUUGCAUAAUGACGCACUCGCAGGUGCUGCGUGCGCGCUCUGAGCCAGGCGCCGCAGAUGUCACGCGGCGAGUUAUCGGCUGCAGCACCAAGCGGUUAACGCUGACGUAACUAUUCGCCCGUCCAUUGCUUGACACGCUUAAGGACUGCCGAGCAGAUUUCGCAUAAGGUUUGAUGCUUUCUAUCGGGCUCUAGAGCCCUGGGGCUGGGGACUCGAGGGCAAGUGCAUCAGGACCCGGUGACAGCGCACCCGCCGGUUGAUGAUGAAACACGACAACCCCAUA